AUGGAAGGACAACACAAGACCACAGCACGCCCUCCCAGCGGUAUUCCACGGCCUGCAAGUGGAAUUCCUCGACUGACUUCAAGGCUGCCGUUACCCUCGGCCACUGCAUCCAAAUCGAUCAAGCCUUCCCCCUCCCGAGAUAGACUACGAGCCGACCCCGGUUUAGAUGAAAGACGGCUACGGAGACCCUCAUAUGACACCCUUGUGAAGAAACCAGCCGCACGCUAUUCAUCCCCGCCCCAACCUCGAACCGAAACUAUUCCAGCUCCACAACUACAAGAUGAAACGCAAGGCGGGGCAGAUGACAUUGAAACGCCGGAGGAAAUGACACCGAGUACGGGCGACAAUGACACUGCAUCAACCACAUCAACGCAAGAAGACCGUGGUCGACGUGAAGUACGUCCGUCUUUGUCUGAGCGGACACUGGAAACGCUAUCACAAAUUCCACCAUCCCCGGCAUCAGCAAGACGACAGUCCAGCUUUUUCAAUGGCGCCAGCCCAAUACGCUCACCAUCUCGGGCUCCGUCCAUUAUGUCCAAUUACUCAAGAUCGCCAUCGAGAGCUUCGUCGGGUGCGCCAAGUACCAGUGAGAUGCACACCCAGCCCGUGUCACAAUUGCGACUUCCCUCGAAGCCUGCCAUGUCCAUUGCUUCCCUGUCCCCAGUGCGUGGAUCAGAAGAAGCUAAAAGCCCAUCGAGACUGAAGGCACCAUCGAGUAGACAAAGUCUCGCACCGGGUGACGAGACCUACUCCGAUGUAAAGUCACCACUUAAGAAAAAGGUAUCUCAACUAUCUAUCGGGAACAAGGAUAAAACAAAACCCUCGCUUGUUCGGCCCUCACCCAGCAAGAUUACCGCAAAGCCAACUCAAACCAACAUGGGACCCCCUCAAAAACCACUUCAAGUGAAGAAAACACGAAACCCUCAGUCAGAGCAACCGUCUUCUUUGCGAUCGCCCUCAAUGGGGUCAAGAUAUGUGUCUGCUGCCUCCAAUGUGCAGGAUGAGCUAUCUCCAAAACAGCAGGCAGAAUAUGAAGCCAGAAAAGCCUCGAAAUCAUCCAACACGCUGCGUGAAACAAUUGCAAAGGCGAAGGCUGCACGUAAAGCAAUGGCAGCUGGAGAAAAGAAGGAAACACCCCCACAAGAAAUAUCACAGGCUCCUCCACCAGCCGACUCAUGGGGAGUCGCUGAUGAUGAGGACCCGUUCAACCAGCUGCCUCAGGGCGACAACCGAUUGGUUAUGAAAAGAAGAGUUCAGACAGGACGCUCAACCGGCCAACUGAACAUUGCGGCAAUGUCUUUGACAGAAAUUCCGAAAGAAGUGCUGACAAUGUACGACUACGACCCCGAAAACUCAGCAAACUGGUUCGAAAAUGUCGAUCUCGUCAAGUUUAUCGCUGCGGACAAUGAGCUAGAACAUAUUUCAGAUGAUGUAUUCCCAGACAUCAACCCUGAAGACUUUGAUCCAGACAGUGAUGACCGGGGUCUUCAAUUUGGUGGACUUGAGACAUUGGAUCUUCAUGGAAAUAUACUGAAGUCACUUCCAAUGGGUCUUCGCCGCAUGCAAAAUCUACGCAUUCUCAAUCUAUCAAACAACAUGUUAAACAUGGAUAAUAUUGGGAUUCUUACCGAAUUACCUUCUCUGACAGAUCUGAAGUUGGCAAAUAACAAGCUUGAGGGAGAAUUGGCGACAGUCUUUGCUGGUCUUCACCAAUUGGAUUCUUUAGAUAUCCACGGAAACAACCUCACCAGCCUCUCCGAGGCCUUGGUUGGACUAAGCUCUCUGAGGACAUUGGAUGUCAGCGAGAACAAGCUGACCUCUUUGCCAUUCGAGUUGCUAAGUAAACUUCCCCUAAAGGUCAUCAAUGCGCAAAAGAACAAGCUGGAAGGUACUCUCAUUCCAGCCUCAGUGACCCGUUUCGAGAAUUUGCAGUCCCUGAACAUUUCCAACAAUGUUGUCACGGUUUUUGCGGCGAAUGACACGCUUGAUCUACCUAACAUACAUACUCUAUUGAUUGGUGUCAACCGCAUCACGCAUCUCCCCUGCAUGUCUACAUGGCAGUCAUUUUUAACGCUAUCUGCGGAGCAGAACAAGAUCUCAGAGCUCCCUCAAGGAUUUGUGGAGCUUAAGAAUAUCAAGAAGGCUGAUUUCACCGGAAACGAUCUUUCACGUUUGGAUGAAAAGAUGGGCUACAUGGAGAGCCUCACAUCUUUCCGCGUCGCCAACAAUCCUUUCCGUGAACGAAGGUACCUGACCAUGGACACCGAAGACAUCAAACGUGACAUGCGAAGUCGCUGCGAGCCAGAUGCCCAGGACACAGAUGACGAGGGCUCAGUAGCCACUCAAUUCACUCUGGCACCAGAAACCCCUGCGCUCGAUGCCAAUUGGCAGCUCAAAUCCGGCGGGACUCUUGAUCGAUCUUAUUCAGAGAUGACCGACCUCAAGGUUGACCAGCUGGAGAUGCUUCCCUCCCAGGAUAUUCGCUGCCUCUGCUUGCAACACAACGAGAUACCCUGCUUCCCCGCAGCGGCACUUGCAAUGCUUGCUGAAGGUCUUGUUGAACUUGAUAUCUCGAAUAAUCCGUUCGGCAUUGAAUUUUUGUCCUCUCCGCUUGAGUUGCCCAAGCUACAAUCUUUGAACUUGAACGCGACCAGAUUGACUUCUCUGGAGCCUUUGUUGGCCAACCUCAUCGCCCCGUCUUUGAAUUUCUUGGACAUCUCCCAUAACCGCCUGAAAGGGCCAUUGCCUCAAAUUCGACAGACCUACCCAGAGCUGAAAACAUUCAUUGCAUCUGAUAACCAGCUUGAUUCCUUGACGUUCGAAGCAGUGCAGGGGCUGCAGGUUUUAGAUGUCAGCAACAACGACAUUGAUUCCCUUCCUCCGAAGAUCGGCUUACUAGGUGCUGAGCGCUCCCCUAAGAACUGGGGCAACGGAUCGUCCUUGAGACGCUUUGAGGUAGCUGGCAACAAGUUCCGAGUACCUAGAUGGCAGGUAGUUGCCAAGGGCACAGAUUCAGUCUUGGAGUUUUUGCGAGACCGUGUUCCACUGAGUGAGCUCCCUGAAUGGGAAAAAGAUGAAGCCAGUGAGGAGGAGCUAUAA